GAUAUGUUCAGGGACCAGGGCAGGGCCACCAAGUUUUCCUUAGGUGGAGCCCUUGGAUCCCCUCCUUAUAGCCCACUGACCCUCAUUCCUGCCCUGCAGAAAAUGGGUGAAUUGCCCUUAGAUAUCAAGAUCCAGGAACCUCGCUGGGACCAAAGCACAUUCCUGGGCAGAGCCCGGCACUUCUUCACUGUUACGGAUCCCCGAAAUCUGCUGCUGUCUGGGGCUCAGCUGGAAGCUUCUCGGAAUAUUGUGCAGAACUACAGGGCUGGUGUGGUGACCUCGGGGCUUACAGAGGACCAGCUGUGGAGGGCCAAGUAUGUGUAUGACUCCGCCUUCCAUCCAGACACCGGAGAAAAGGUGGUCUUGAUUGGCCGCAUGUCAGCCCAGGUCCCCAUGAACAUGACCAUCACUGGCUGCAUGCUCACCUUCUACAGGAAGACCCCAACUGUGGUGUUCUGGCAGUGGGUGAAUCAGUCCUUCAAUGCCAUCGUUAACUACUCCAACCGCAGUGGCGAUGCUCCCAUCACUGUGGGGCAGCUGGGAACAGCCUAUGUGAGUGCCACCACAGGAGCUGUGGCCACAGCUCUUGGACUCAAAUCCCUCACCAAGCACCUGCCCCCCUUGGUGGGCAGAUUUGUGCCCUUUGCAGCUGUAGCAGCUGCCAACUGCAUCAACAUCCCCUUGAUGAGGCAGAGGGAGUUACAGGUGGGCAUCCCAGUGACUGAUGAGGCAGGUCAGAGGCUUGGCCACUCCGUGACUGCAGCCAAGCAAGGAAUCUUCCAGGUGGUGAUAUCAAGAAUCUGCAUGGCGAUUCCUGCCAUGGCCAUUCCUCCACUGAUCAUGGACACCCUGGAGAAGAAAGACUUCCUGAAGCGCCGCCCCUGGCUCGGGGCACCCCUGCAGGUGGGACUGGUGGGCUUCUGCCUGGUAUUUGCCACUCCUCUGUGCUGUGCCCUGUUUCCCCAGAGGAGCUCCAUACACGUGAGCAGGCUGGAGCCAGAGCUACGAGCUCAGAUCCACGAGCAAAACUCCAGCAUCGAAGUGGUUUACUACAACAAAGGGCUUUGAGGGAGGGUUAGCCUCUGUCCCCUCCCUCAUCUUGGGGAGCUGCUUUACUGGAGCCUUAUCAUCCCUGCCACUUGCCUACCUGACUAAUACCUAGCAGGGCUCUUGUAGGCAGGCAGCCAUUGGGCCAGCAAUUGACAGGGUCAUAUAAUCCCUCUCUCCUGUGUUUGAAUGUCCGCAGUAUACAUAUGUGCUAAAUCUGUGUGUAUGUACAUUGCAUAUGUGCUCCUGAAAGCUAGGAGUACAUGCUGGCCUGGGUUGUUCUGCUAUUGGGCUUCCC